AUGAAAGUUUCUAUCACUUUCCUUAUCUUGGGCUUAUCCAUCCUGCUUCUUGAGGCUAACCCAGGAAUCAAAGUGAAAAUCACACAAAAAGCAUUGGACUAUGGUAAUCAAUUUGGAGUAGAGCUUCUGAAGCAGAAAUUAAAAGAAAAAACCUUUGAAGACUGGAAUGGAGACUCUACAUAUGGGUUUUUUGCACUCAAGUACGCAAUUUCAAAGAUAAGAAUUAAUAACAUGGAAUUCCCCAAUACAUCCUUGUCUCUCAUCUCUGGAACUGGGAUUAAACUAUUAGUUGAAAAUGCUUCAGCAAUUGCCACUGCGGAUUGGAGCGUGGAGACCUGGCUAUUGAGCAAAGAUUCUGGAAGUGGGGCUGUCUUCAUUUCAGGAGUAAACAUCACAGCAAUCGUAAAAGUGUCUCAGAAUGAAUUCGGUCAUUUAAAAUUGUUGCUUGAGAGCUGUAAAGGAAAUGUAGAUGAUAUGGACAUCACAUUGAAUCAAUCUUAUAGAUGGUUGUAUACAUACUCAACUGCUUCUCUGUUGUGUCCGCAAAUGAAUUUUGUGAUCCAAAAGAUUAAUAAAGACUUCAGCCAAUAUCCAGUCCAAACUCAGAUUGGUAACUUUGCAGUAAUAGACUAUUCCCUGAUAAACUCUUCAACUAUCUUGGAAACAUCAAUUAACUUGGAUUUAAAGGGAACAGUCUAUCCAGUGGAAGAAAUCACAGAGCCCCACUUCAAGCCAACUCCCUUUGUUCUAAAUGAGAACAACUCUAUGUUCUAUAUAGGAAUCUCAGAAUAUUUUUUGCAGUCUGCUUCACUAGCUUACUACACUUCUGGUGCUUUUACUAUCUCUGCUGAGCAAGAGGAAAUGCUUUCUUCUUAUUUCAACUUAACCACAGAUGCAUUGGAGAGCAUCAUUCCUACUAUAGCUCAUAUUUAUGCAAAGCCACUUCCAGUAAUUAUGAACAUAAGAAUCAUUGAUACACCUGUGAUUAGUCUGCAUGACAAUAAAUCUAUUCUGGAGUUUUCUGCUUCUAUGGAAGUAUUGGCAAAGAUGCCAAACCCAACCACCGAAUCCAUGUUCACCUUGAAUAUAACAACCAGAACUCAUGCAGAUUUGUUUAUAUUUAACCGGAAGUUGCUAACUACAUUGUGUUUGAGCAGUUUCCACAUCUCCCUGGUUCAUUCCAAUGUUGGCCUCUUUGAGGCUUCACUUCUGGAUAAUUUCUUGUCUUACAUUUUACGAACUGGAAUAAUUCCAGCAGCCAAUUUUAAACUAAAGGAUGGAUUUCCUCUGUCUGUCUUGGACCCAGUGAUUCUUAUGAAGCCGAGUAUUAGAAUGUUUGAGGGUUUCUUGCUGAUUUCCAGUGACAUUCAAAGCCUACGAAAACGAGGAACGUCUCAAUCUCCAAGCAAACAUUGA